CGCGCAGCCUCGGCGAGAGCCCGGGAAGCGCUCGGGCGGAGAGGAGGAGCCAGGCGCCCCGAGCGGGUGGAGUCGGAGCUGGAGAGCGGUGGAAGCGGAUUUCCUGGGGCCACCAUGGCGUUUGGGAAGAGCCACCGGGACCCCUAUGCGACCUCCGUGGGCCACCUCAUAGAAAAGGUUACAUUUGCUGGAGUUCAGACUGAAGAUUGGGGCCAGUUCAUGCACAUCUGUGACAUAAUUAACACUGCCCAUGAUGGGCCAAAAGAUGCAGUAAAAGCUUUGAAGAAAAGGAUUUCCAAAAACUACAAUCAAAAAGAAAUCCAACUUACCUUGUCACUUAUUGACAUGUGCAUGCAGAACUGUGGUCCAAGUUUCCAAUCUCUGAUUGUGAAGAAGGAAUUUGUUAAGGAUAGUCUAGUCAAGCUGCUGAAUCCCAGAUAUACCUUGCCAUUAGACGUUCAGAAUAGGAUCUUGAGUUUCAUUAAGACUUGGUCACAGGGUUUCCCAGGUGUGGAUGUAAGUGAGGUGAAAGAAGUGUACCUGGACCUUCUUAAGAAAGGUGUUCAGUUUCCUCCCUCAGACGCAGAGCCUGAAACAGGAAGACAAGAGACUGUUGAGAUCUCAUCGAGUCCAACAACUGUCCCUACUGCACCAGCUCUUCCUCCUGUAAUUGUUCCUAAGAACUCUACUAUUACAUUGGUCCCAGAACAGAUUGGAAAAUUGCACAGUGAAUUGGAUAUGGUGAAAAUGAAUGUGAAAGUGAUGUCUGCCAUACUGAUGGAGAAUAUUCCUGGGUCUGAAAAUCAUGAAGACAUAGAGCUUCUGCAGAAACUUUAUAGGACAGGUCAGGAGAUGCAGGAGAGGAUCAUGGACCUGCUCGUGGUGGUGGAGAAUGAAGAUGUAACCAUUGAGCUAAUUCAAGCGAACGAGGAUUUGAAUAAUGCAAUCCUUGGAUGUGAGAGGUUUGCUCGUAACCAACAAAGGAUUUUAGAGCAAAAUAACCAGAGAGAAGAUGCCAAUAGGACCAGUGAACCUUCUGCCCCAUCCUGUGAACUCCUUGACAUAAGUCCCAGCCCUCCCAUGAGUCGGGCCUCUCUGGGAGAACUCAACACCGUGAAUGCUCAGCUUUCAGACUUAAAUUUCAGCUCUCCUAGUCCUGAUGUGACAGACAACUUGAAGCCCAGUCUUUAUCCAGACUUGCUAGCCUUGGAAAAUACAGAAACACCCCUGUUUGCCCCAAGGACCGGCCAAAACCUUGCCUCAGGUCAUACAUAUGAGAAUGUAAGUAAUGAAACCCUUCUUUGACAGUGCAUCUAGUCAGCAGUUUAUGAUGGCUAAACAGGAACUAGCUCCUGAUCAUUAAUUCUCAUGUUCUGCUCAACAUUUCUUUAUCCCAUGUUGCUAGAACCCUUGUUAGGACUUUUCCCUAUCUUUUUUUAAAUCUCUUAAGAUAGACAGUUGGAGUCACACUUCUGUUAGAAAGAUGAUUAAGAAUCAAAAUUGCUUCAGUGUUGUUUUUAUCAGCUGUCUCUUCUUUCCUCCCACCCUCUUUGACAGACCUCAGACAGGCUCUCAUCCCACACUACUGGCGUAGCUCUUUUCAAGGUCACCAGUGGCCUCCGUAUUACCAAGUCUCGUACUGCAUUUUUCAGUCCUUAUCUCACCUGAUUCACCAGCAGCAAGUGACAAAGCCGAUCACUUGGGGCUUUCAGACACCAUUUUUGUUCUUUCCUUGCCUCACAUCUACUUCUCCAUCUCUUUUGCUGACUCCUCCUCCUCUACUGGCCUUUCAGUGUAAGAGACCCCAGGGCCCAGGCUUCAGACUUCUCUAUCUGUUCAUUUUUCCAAGGUAUUUUGGUCUCCUGUCUUGAAAUACCAUCAAAUUCUAACAACUUACAAUUGGUAUCU